AUGGCAGAACUCAUGGCCGAUGCGACACGCGGCGAUGGAAUGUAUGCUACCCAUGCUACCGAGUCAGCGCUGGACAGUGGCGUCUCUUCCCCCGUGGCAGACCCAGAAAAUGAGAUGCGCGAGAAUCCUAGCAGUGCGCCUGCCCGUAUCAUGUCCAAGACGGUGAAGAAUUCAUGGUCAGACCAUGGCCGCCAUGCACUGGCUGGCGACGAGAAAGAGGGAGUACGAUCGGGGAUGAUCAGCCCACGGGCACUACAAACGCCCAUUCACAUAAAGGGAGCGAGCUCGCUGACCGGUAAUGCGACGCCCAAACCGCCAGGCACGCAACAUACGGAUUCAAAUACGCCUGUAAGCAUCAUUUCCGAUCUGGCCGCCAAGCAACAGCAAUCGCGCGUGGCUUCUCCCACCGUGCAAGAGCAUCCGCUCGUGCGAACUGGUUCGGUGUCGGCCACAAUCGCACCCCCUUCUCGUGCCCCAGCUCGGACAGCUACGCCGCGACUCGUCUCUCAUACGCCAUUGGUGGCCGACUGGUCGGGCAAAUCGGACCACAGCCGUAGUGCCACGGAAUAUGAACAUUUGGCCGCUAGUGCAAAGCUCGGUACUGGUAGCCAAGUCGAGAUGGCACGUCCCAAGGCAGAGUUGGUGAAGGCAGCCGUGGCCAAAGCGACGCAGAAGCACAAUGAGCCAUCACGCCCUCGGCCCAUGCGCAAUGCAUCGACGCGCAGUAUGACGCAUGAUGAUAACAGCCAGCGAUAUGCCAACAUCGCACGCCGUACUAGCAAAUACGAAUCGUGCAUUGACAUGGUGGAAGAGCCGCAACAUGCGCAGGAGAGCAUGCCCUUCGAUUUCCAUCCCAACCCCGGUGCAAAUUACGGUUUGAUCAAUGCCGUGUCAAGUACAAAAGAGCUGGACAAUGAAUCAGUCCUCUAUAUUGGUACACUCGGUAUCGAGAUGGACUGGAUUCCUACCCCAACGCGCCAGGAAAUCGAUGCCGUAUCGAAAUCGCAGGAACAGAUGCUGCCGGUAUGGCUGAAGGAUGCUGAUUAUGUGAUGUCGUAUCACACGUAUUGCAAGCAGGUGCUUUGGCCCACGUUUCACUACACGCUGCCUACGGGGAAAGGUCUGGAAAACGAAAGCGAGGCAUGGAACGCGUAUGUGGAAACGAACCGCAGAUUUGCUGAGCGCAUUGCAGCGGAGUAUCGCGAUGGCGAUGUGGUGUGGGUGCAUGACUACCACCUCCUUCUGGUACCAGAGAUGCUGCGCAAGCUCAUUCCACGCGCUCCGAUCGGCUUUUUCCUGCAUAUUGCCUUCCCCUCUAGCGAGAUCUUCCGGUGCCUUAGUCGCCGAGAGCCGCUGCUGCUAGGUAUGCUAGGCUCGGACUUGAUCGGCUUCCAGACGCACAACUUCUGCCGUCAUUUCCGGCAGACGGCCAACCGCAUCUUACAGGCCGAGACCACAGCGCGUGGCGUGCAUAUGAAAAAUUCGUUCGUCACCGUCGCAUCGUACCCGAUCGGCAUCGACGUAAAGAUGCUGCAAAAACGACAGGAACAUCCGGACGUCACAGAGUGGGUCGAAAAGCUGCGUGAACGCUUUGCCGGCAUGAAGGUGAUUGUCGGUCGCGAUAAGCUUGACUGGAUCAAGGGUGUACGCGAGAAGCUCAUUGCGUACGAAGUGUUCUUAGAACGACACCCUGAAUGGGUCGGUCGUGUGGUGUUGGUCCAGGUGGCUCUGGCGACGGUCCGGGAAAACAGCGAGGUGGUAGCGGUCAGCGACUUGGUGGCCCGCAUCAACCACAAGCACGGCUCCUUGACGUACCAGCCGAUCGUGUUCUUACAUGUACAGGAAAUCACGUUCAGUCAGUACUUGGCACUGUUGACCAUGGCCGAUGCAUUUUUGAUCAUGUCGUUGCGCGAAGGUAUGAACCUCACCUCGCAUGAGUACAUUGUCGCACAGCAGCGUCGGCAGCGUCCCUUGAUUCUGUCCGAGUUUACGGGCACGUAUUCGGCGUUGCGGGCCUGUAUUGGCGUGAAUCCAUUCAACGCACAGCAGGUGGCUAAGGCCAUUCAUCAUGCUUUAAUGAUGCCUGAAGAGGAAAUGGUGCGGCGUUGGCGUGACCUGCAUCACACCGUCAUGUCACAGUCGUCGCACCACUGGGUCGCCUCCAUCUUAUCACAAUUGGAGCGAGUGCAUUUGCAGCAGCCCUACAUGGAGACAAUGUUCAAGCCGGAACUGGAGAUUGCACAAAUGCAAUCAGAAUGGCGUGCGUCCAAAUCGUGCUUGGUCCUGCUUGAUCUGGAAGGCACGCUAAUGCGGGAAGACCUGUGCUACGUGCAUGGCAAUGGUUUCGAGCCGCCCCAUGCGAUUCACCGCCUGCUCCAACGUCUGGUUGCCGACCAUCGCAUGUAUGUCUACUUGCUCAGCAGUCAUUCGCGUACCGACCUUGAAAAACUGGCCAUGGAAGUACCCUACCUGGGCCUGGUCGCCGAAGAUGGAUGCUAUGUCCGCCACUGUAUGGCCGGUACAAGAUGCGAUUGGACGUCGCUAGUGGAUGGCUUCGAUAUGCAGUGGCGCAAGCCCGUUCGUGAAAUUCUUGACUACUUUACCGAACGUACGCCUGGCUCCUGGAUCGAAGAGCGCUCGACCACCAUCGCCUGGUACUUUGGUGAAGGGAUGAGCGAGGCUGAUGCUAUAUGGGCACGCAGGCAGGCCAGUGAAGUGCAGGGCCUCAUCAGUGACUCUUUGGGCGAACGUUUUUCCCUGCGUAUCGUGAAUGGCCAAACGUACUUUGUCAUCAUGCCCAAGAAUGUAGGUCGCUCGACGGCCGUCCAGUACAUGCUGGCACUUGACAAUAUGGGCCAAUUGCCUACGCGACAUGCACCGACGAACAAGGGCCGGUUUGAGUUUAUCCUGCAUAUUGGUCGUGAUGAGCGGCUGAUCGCACUAUUGAACGACUUGGACUUGCCAUUCGCACCUCGCACGUGCACAACAGCCGAGUCUGACUCGAUUGUGAGCUCCAUCGCGACAUCGCAGCUGCGUCCGUAUGAGCAAGUGAUGGAUGCACUGGAAGACAUUAUUGAUUUCCAUCUCCGUGACCUGAAAUGGGGUGGCCCUGCUACAAUGGAUAUAUAA